AUGGCAGUAGAAUUCCUGGAGACUCUAGAACAAUCCAUAACAGCAUACACCGGACUCUCUCCCAACACCUUCUUCACCGUAAUCGCCGCCAGUAUAGCCGUCUACUACAUCUUCUCCGUUCUGUUCGGAGGAUCCUCUUAUCACCACCAACACCGGCCAAGAUCUUUCGAAGAAGACGUGCAGCCUCUUCCGCCACCAGUCCAGCUUGGCGAGAUCUCCGAAGAGGACCUGAAAGCCUACGACGACACCGAUCCCCAAAAACCCCUUCUUAUGGCUAUCAAAAGCCAGAUCUAUGAUGUCUCACAAAGCAGCAGGUGUUGUUUUGUAUUACUUUUAGCCUUUAGGCAAAUAAAAUAA